AUGCCAGUGAUUAUAUUCAAUUUGCCCAUUCUGGCGAUGGUGGUGGCAGUCGUCGUUACCCUGACAGCGGGCCAUGCCGUGGAACAGGAGCUGCCAACGACACUCGACGGCCACGGCUAUGGACCGGCUAUACACAUAAGCUCUGGAGUCCUGCAGCUGGCCGCCGAUACGGAGGCACAGACUCUUCUACUUGUGCCCAGCAGUGUGUACUCCCAGCCGUGGCCCCACUUCUACGUGGAGGGAGUGUCCUCGCACCUGCCGCACUCUGGCCUGCCCCAGCCCCAUCUCCCAGCUCAUGAGCCCCGAAUCGUGAUCAGCGACAAUGUGGACUUUUCCCAGCUCAAACAUCCACUCGUGAAGGCCCAUGGACGCUAG